AUUGUCCUGAACUGAGCAAGAAAGUUGGACUAAAUACCCUGAGCAAGGUACAUCACACAAAUCUUAUUUGGGGGGAUUUUCAUGAUAAGGAACGAUGGAGCAUUUUGGUUAAUUUUGCCAGAGAAAUUGGAUCGUUACUUGUCCCCAAGAGUUAAGAAUUAUACACAACUGAAAAUGACAAAGCAGACUGCCUUGAAACCUCAUGCCAUAUCCUUCCCUUUACCUCCAGGUAAAGGGAAGAAUACUGGAUGAAAUAGCAUUCAUAAUAACCUUCCUUUGACUAAUGUGGCUUCUAUCAAACUUCCCUCUGACAAAGAGAAAAAAGAAGCCAGGGAAGUGGUGUUCUGUGUGCAUAUGUGCAAUGAUCUCUGUAUUGCUUUUAAAUACACGAAGUGCUACAAUGCUUGUUGCUACUGCAAUCUUUCAGGGGAGGUUAGAGUGAGGCAAAGGCCAGGUAACCACCCAGUGUGCUUCAUGAAUAUUAGCCUGGGCCUCUCAUGCCAGGACUUACUGCUACUUGCCAUAAUGCACUACUUGCCAUCAUGCCCUAAUCUCUUUAAUAAAUAUAUCUGUGUAAUAGUUUCUUCCCUUCAGGAUGGGUUUUACCUUCCAAAAUGCACAGCUUAAAUAUGGCGCCCAUUUGAGCAACCUGAAGUGAAAAAUCACCAUGAAUGUAGAGGACAACACAAAAUGGCUUGAGUGGGUAUCCAAGCAGUUUGAGAGUAUCGCUGGUGAUGAUAAAGAGAUUGACUUGGAAGAAUUCAAAACUGCUCUCAAGGUGAAGGAGUCCUUUUUCGCUGAGCGAUUCUUUGCUUUGUUUGACUCGGAUGGAAGCGGAACCAUCAGUUUGGAUGAGCUGCUGGAGGCCUUGAAACUGCUGAUACAUGGAAGCGAAACAGAAAAACUCCGGUUCCUCUUCCAGGUUUAUGAUGUGGAUGGCAGUGGUUCUAUUGAGCCUGAUGAACUGCGCACUGUCCUAAAAUCGUGCCUGAAAGAGAGUUCAAUCUCUUUGCCAGAGAAAAAGCUAGAUGACCUCACAACGGCUCUCUUUGAGUCGGCCGACUCUGACAACAGCGGGUCCAUAACCUUUGAGGAGCUCAGAGAGGAACUGGAGCAUUUCCCAGAGGUCAUGGAGAACUUGACCAUAAGUGCUGCAAGCUGGUUAAAGCCUCCCGCAGCUCCGAGGAGGAGGUGUCACGCACCGCGCUACCUGAGCCCAGCGUAUUGGCACAACAACGGGAUCAAACUCCUCUUCCUGGGCAGCUAUGUGUGUGUGAACAUGCUCCUCUUCACCUUUGCAGCGUUGAAACACGUUGGCUCCGGCAUCUGGUUCAUCCUGGCAAAAGGCUGUGGGCAGUGCCUGAACUUCAACUGUACGUUUAUAGUGGUGCUGAUGUUACGCCGAUGUCUGACGUGGCUACGGGCUACUUGGGUAGCCAGAAUUCUGCCUCUAGACCAGAAUGUCAUUCUGCACCAGUUGGUGGGCUACACCGUGGCGGCCCUAACUGUGCUUCACACAGGGGCUCACGUGGCCAACUUUGUGAGAAUGUCUCAGACCAAAGACAGCUAUCAACUUUGGGAAUACCUGUUCACCACUCGGCCUGGGAUUGGCUGGAUUUAUGGAACCACGUCCAUCACAGGCCUUGUGCUGCAGCUCCUGAUCUGCGUUAUGCUUGUCUGCUCCAGCACUUUUGUCCGCAAAAGCGGCCAUUUUGAGGUCUUCUAUUGGACUCACCUUUCUUACAUCUUCAUCUGGGCUUUGUUAAUUGUCCACGGCCCUAAUUUUUGGAAGUGGUUUGUAGUGCCUGGACUUCUGUUCCUCUUAGAGAAGAUCUUUGGUGUUGCAUUGUCACAUGUUGGAGGCCUGUGCAUCGUGGAAAUCAACCUCUUGCCUUCAAAGGUGACUCAUUUGGUGAUUAAGAGACCUCAGUUUUUCCACUACAAACCUGGUGACUACGUAUACCUGAAUAUCCCAGUCAUAGCUAAGUAUGAAUGGCACCCGUUCACCAUCAGUAGUGCUCCAGAGCAAUCAGGGACCAUCUGGCUGCACAUACGGUCCCUGGGUCAGUGGACCAACAGGUUAUAUGAAUACUUCUGGCAUCAUCAAGAGCUUUCCAGACAUAAGCCUGAAUUGCUGGCGGUUGAGAAUCUAAGGAACGAAAAGAGGCCCUGGAAAUGGGUGCAGAACUGUCUCUUUGGCUCCUAUGAUUUGGACCAGCCUGUGGCCACCAGUGAGGAUGAGAUGAUUGAGAUCUUAUCUUAUACACCCAUCAGUUAUCCGAGCUGGGAGACGGUGAGCGUCAGUAUGGCCAGCGACCGUGAGGAGAUUUCUGGCAGGCUUGGUGACCACCGGAGGCUGUGUAACAUCAAGUGUCACAUCGAUGGUCCUUAUGGGACUCCCACACGAAGGAUCUUCGCUUCGGAGCAUGCGGUGCUGAUAGGGGCAGGAAUUGGGAUCACUCCCUUUGCCUCCAUUUUGCAAAGCAUCAUGUGCAGAUAUCAUAUGCGAAAGCAAACCUCCUCCAGCCAGGGCCACGCUUCGGGUGAGAACCAUAAAAAUGAGAACAUGAAGCUCCAGAAGGUUGACUUCAUUUGGAUCAAUCGAGACCAAAAAUCCUUUGAGUGGUUUGUAAGCCUGCUGACCCAGCUGGAAAUCAGGCAGGCCAAUGAAGAUCCUGGUGGCCGCUUCCUGGAGAUGCAUUUGUACAUGACCUCAGCACUCAACAAGAAUGACAUGAAGGCCAUUGGCCUGCAGAUGGCAUUAGAUCUGCUUGCAAAAAAGGAAAAGAAAGACUCCAUCACAGGCCUGAAGACCAGAACCCAGCCAGGACGCCCAGAUUGGAACAAGCUCUUUCAGAAACUGGCUAAAGAAGAGAAGGGGAAAGUCCACGUCUUCUUCUGCGGCUCCCCAGCCCUUGCCAAGGUCAUCAAAGGCCAUAGCGAGCAAUUCGGCUUCAGGUUCUUCAAAGAACACUUCUAAGGGCCUCCCCCCAGGAUCCGCGCCCGGGAGCUGGCUCAGCCCUCGACUCUCUCACUCAGUAGCCACGGAGAUCUCAGAAAGCAGCUUUGCUCUCUCUUCCUGAGGCCUUCAUGCUGGGAAAUGCGCAAGAGCUCCACGGAGCAUGUGUGCUGUUUAUUUAGUUAGUUGGUUUAAAAUACCUGUAAGUCCACCCAAGGCA